AUGCCUAUUUGGGGGGCACCUUCAGGACGUUGGGAAUUGGUCAUAACACGUGUUUCUGACGAUGGAAACUCUGACACUCCUCUGACGACCAAUAAGACCAUGGACUUCAUGCGCAUCGGUGCGACCCAUGCGGAUUUUGCUACACUCUAUCCGUAUUACGGUAUGGGUGUCUCGUGGGAACCCAAUCUCCCGAGCGGCACCGCGGCUUCUGAUUACAUGCUGGUGCGCUCUUUCGAUGGCUGCCAGUACACUACAACAACCUGCACUGGCGCUUUGGGGUGUCACAGAAUGCUGCCACCCGCUCAUCUUCCCCCUCCAGGCAUCUACUCGCUCUGUGUGACGUCAAAUGGCUGGAAUGACAAAUACCUUCCGUGGGGUGUAGAAUCUCUUGAGGUGCAGAUGUUGAUGGCCACGCCGCUGUACUUGACAGCUGGCAAGGACAGAAGUGUCGUGCUGCAGAAUGCGGAAUCUGUGGUAAAUGUGUCGGGGCGUGUGUUCCUGGUGCUGUGCCCUUACAACAACUGCCCCCGUGUGAUUACUGGCAGUUGGGAAGAUGUGGUGGACCGUGAUGCGUGUGUGAACCCCUCCGUCUCGUCGCGUGUGUACCUGUCCGACCUCCAUUCGCUCUUCGCAGUACCUGGUGUGUACGCUGUGUGUGUCGAUGAUGAUGAUGGAGAGGACGCUGCUCCCGCUGCGCUGCCGGUGACGGUGCUGGAGAAACCGUUUGCCUUCAAGAUAACUGCUGACAGAGCCAGGAACGCUGCCACGAUUGGUGUUAGCGGCGGCGACCUCGAGUGGCGCAGAGCGCCGUACACGGUGUGCGCUGUGCCACGGAAUGAAACAUGUGAUUCCGUAUAUGCGGGGCGGUGUGUGUGCGAGAAGAGUGGGUUGUCGUGGUCAUCAUCUGUGUUCAUGGAUCUCACCAACAGGGGAAUGCUUGUUACGGAAGUGAGGUUCUGCUUNCAGAGCCAGGAACGCUGCCACGAUUGGUGUUAG